AUGGAAUUCUUAUCUAUUUUUGUGGAAAAAGUCACAGGUUGCUUGAUGCAGCCAGUUGUGCGAGGGAUCGGGUAUUUAUUUUACUACAAGAACAACGUCAGAUCUAUGAAUAAAGAAUCUGAGAAGCUGAAGAAUAUCAAAAGUGAGGUGCAGGAAAGAGCGGAAGUUGCCCGGAGAAACUUAAAACGCAUUUCACGCAAUGGCGAGGCUUGGUUAACUAGUGUUGAUACCACUACUGAACAUGUGGAAGCUGUAAGGCAAGGUACAGCUGAGGUUGAAAGGGGUUACUUUUAUGGUUGGUGUCCAAACCUGAAGUCACGAUACUCGAUGAGCAGGAGAGCUAAGAAAAUUACACUGGAGUUGAUUCAACUUCAAAAUGAAAGCAACAGGCCUGAUGUGAUCUCCUUUGAUCAUCCAGUUCAAAGUGAGGCUAUUCCUAGUAACUAUGGUGAGGUGUUUGACUCCAGAAAAUUGAAAGAGGAAGAGAUCAUGGCAGCUUUGAGAGAUGACGGGGUCACUAUGAUUGGUAUAUGUGGUCUGGGUGGUGUUGGUAAGACAACAUUGGCUGAAAAAAUCAGACAAAAGGUGAAACAAGAAAGGUUGUUCAAAGAUGUAGUCAUGGUAACUGUCAGUCAACAACCAGAUUUGAAAAAAGUUCAGGGUGAGAUCGCAGAAGGACUCGGGCUGAAAUUAGAAGGGGAUAAUUUGUGGAGUCGUGGAGAUCGGCUGCGUACAAGGUUAAUGGAUCAGAACAGCCACACCCUUGUAAUCUUGGAUGACGUUUGGGAGGCUCUUCGUGAUAUAGAGAAACUUGGAAUUCCCAGUGGUAGCAACCGCAAUCAUCGGUGCAAAGUGACAUUCACAACGCGUUUCCGAUCUGUUUGUGAAGCAGUGGGAGCUCAGAAGAUCAUGGAAGUUGGAAUGUUAUCUGAAGAGGAAGCAUGGUUCCUUUUCAGGCAGAAAGUCGGUGAUUUUGUCGAUGAUUCAUCUCUUCAAGGCAUAGCAAAAGAGGUUGCCAAUGAAUGCAAGGGGCUGCCGCUUGCAAUUGUUACAGUUGCAGGAGCACUAAAAAAGCAUAAAAACAAGCGUUCGUGGGACUGUGCCCUUGAAGAAUUACGUGGUGCAGUAACAGUAAGUAUCCCUGAAGUGCCCAAAGAGUUGUAUAAACCUCUGAGGCUAAGCUAUGAUUACUUGGGAAGUAAUGAAGCCAAAUACCUCUUUUUGCUUUGUUCCUUGUUCGAGGAAGAUAGUGAUAUUUGGAUUGAAGAAUUGCUUAAAUAUGGAAUGGGGCUUCACAUCUUUCCAGGAAUCAAAAAUUUAGAACAAGCAAGAGAUAAGGUGUAUUCUCUGUUAGAAACAUUGGAAGAUGGUUUUUUGUUAUCCCAAGGUUCAAACAAAAUCUAUGUCAAAAUGCAUGAUGUGGUCCGUGAUGUGGCUAAAUAUAUUGCGUCCGAGAGAGAGCAUAUAUUUAUGGUAAGUCAUGAUGUGAACUCAGAAGAGUUCCCAAGAAAAGACUCUUACGAGCAAUACAGUCACAUGUCAAUUGUUGCAAAUAAAUUUGAGGAGCUUCCUAGCCCAAUAAUUUGCCCAAAACUGAAGCUUUUAAUGUUGAAACUCCGUUUUGAAGAUCCAUUCAAGCUACAGGACAAUUUUUUUGAUGAAAUGAGAAACCUCAAUGUCUUGAGCCUGAGGGGACUCAGAUUUAAGGAGUCCAUUCUGCGUUUUCCAGCAUCCAUUUGGAGGUUGUCAAGUCUGAGGACUCUGUGUUUGAGUGAUUUAAGGUUGGAUGACAUAUCCUUUAUUGGAGAACUUGUCGAAUUAAAAGUUCUCAGCAUAAGAGAUUGUGAGUUAGAUGAGCUGCCAGAGGAGAUAGGAAAAUUGACCAAGCUAAUUAUGUUAGAGUUUUGGAAAAAGUAUAGAGCACUUAAAAGGAUUUCAGGAGGGGUGUUAUCAAAGCUAGCUCAAUUGGAGGAACUACAUAUUGUGAAAGUAAAAGAUUUGAGUGAUGUGAUGUACAGUAACCUUGGGCUUCCCUCCAAGUUGACACGGUACACUCUUAAAGUGGAUGGAGAUAAUUAUUUUGAUGGUUGUGACAAGAGUAUUGGUUUAAAUGUCAGGGAGACUUCUCCAUUGGGUGAUUGGAUCUGCCACCUGUUGAAGGAGAGUGAGCAUGUAUAUUCAAAGGGAAAGGGCUCUAAUAAUGUGUUGACUGAGUUGCAGCUAAAUAAAUUUCAGAACGUGAAAUAUCUCCAACUCUCUAGAUGUGAUUUAGUGACACAUUUAUUGAACAUCUCACAUGAAGUAGUCAAGUUCCCCAAUUUAUAUGGGUUGUGGCUUGAGUCUCUGGAAUGCUUCACUCACAUUUGCAGUGACAAUGUUGAGGGCAUUGAGUUCCCUCUAUUACGGGAAAUGCGCUUAUGGAACUUACCUGAGUUGCAAAAUUUGUGGCCUAAAGCCAACAACUCUCUCACCGACUCAAAUCCUCUUUUUGAUGAAAAG